AGAUCACAUUAGUAUUCCCGUCCUAUCAAUGUGCGGGCCCGCGAACAACGUCAGCCGGACCGAUUCUCUGCGUCUGCCAGUCCCGCCACAGAUUCAUCUGGGAUCUUCAAACAGACAAGCCCUUAGAGACGAGGGAUCAAGGCAGCCGAUUAGAGCCAAUUGCUUGCUUUGGGGACGGCCAGUCCUUCCAGGCCUGGCGACAGUGGAGGGAGGGGAAAGACGAACCGAGUGCCGCUGCGGGAAGACACUGAAGCAAGAGCGACACCCCUUUCCGCCCCCCACCUUGCAGCGCAGGCUUUGAAAGCUGCUCCCCCACCUGAAUGGAAACUCGGAACCGCCGGGCGGCGCGUUCCUUCUCGCCCAGCCUUGCAAUCCAUGCCGAGAGGAAGGCAGUGCGAGCCCGCGCCAGCGCCCAGCUCCCGGGACAGGGUCGGCAAUGCUGCUGAGCAGAACUUGAUCGCGCCCCUUCCUCGCUGCUAGUGGAAGCGAUGCUGCACGGCACAGCUAGCGCUUCCCCGGCUCUCCUUCAAGCUGAAGGUUACCGACCCGCGCAGCCAGCCCCAGCACUGUGAGCUGCGCGCCUCAGGUCCGGGCUCCGGCUGCUUGGCGGCGGCGCCCAGGGCAACAACCGGGCCACCCGCGCCGGGGCGCACUGCACCAGCGGCUUCGGCUUGGUGGAUGUGUAUGCAUGAGUUCUGCACCGAAUGGGCGCAAAAAGCGCCCCAGCCGGUCCACCCGCUCCUCGAUCUUCCAGAUCAGCAAGCCCCCGCUGCAGAGCGGAGAUUGGGAGCGCAGGGGCAGCGGCUCCGAGAGCGCCCACAAAACCCAACGAGCCCUGGACGACUGCAAGAUGCUUGUCCAAGAGUUCAACACACAAGUGGCCCUGUACCGAGAGCUGGUCAUUUCUAUUGGGGAUGUCUCGGUCAGCUGCCCCUCACUCCGGGCGGAAAUGCACAAGACAAGAACCAAAGGCUGUGAAAUGGCCCGUCAGGCACACCAAAAAUUGGCUGCCAUCUCAGGCCCGGAAGAUGGUGAGAUCCAUCCAGAAAUCUGUCGGCUUUACAUCCAGCUGCAGUGCUGCUUAGAAAUGUAUACCACAGAGAUGCUAAAAUCCAUAUGUCUGCUGGGGUCUCUUCAGUUUCAUCGAAAAGGAAAGGAACCUGGCGGGGGAACCAAGAGUUUGGAUUGCAAAAUUGAGGAGAGUGCUGAAACACCUGCCCUAGAAGACUCCUCAUCAUCCCCCGUAGAUAGUCAGCAACAUUCCUGGCAGGUUUCCACAGACAUUGAGAACACUGAAAGAGACAUGAGAGAAAUGAAAAACCUUUUAAGCAAACUCAGGGAAACUAUGCCUUUACCAUUGAAAAAUCAAGAUGACAGCAGCCUUCUGAAUCUAACUCCCUACCCCCUGGUGAGAAGACGGAAGAGAAGGUUCUUUGGGCUGUGUUGUCUCGUCUCAAGCUAGGUGGCUCCUCCUGGAAACCCACUGAGAACAUCUGAAAAAAAAUCACAAAACCCGAGGACCUCCAGACAGCUGAACCACACAGUUAUUGGUUUCUGACUAUGUUUUCUAUGCUUCCUUAUUACGUUUAUCUGCCUCCCCCUGCCCUUUUAAAUGAUUUUACACUUGAAAGCAGCUGCCGUCAAGAAAAAAAAGAACAGAUUCAAAAACCAGGCUGUUUUUAAAAGGGAAUUUUAAAGCUGACAUUGUGCAUGUCUGCUCCAAACCACGCCAUGACAGAUGCAAGAAUUAUGAUUUUUAAAUUAUUUAAAGGUUUUUUUAAAUGUAUUAUACAGAGGAAAAAUAUUUCACAUAUAAUAGUAUAUCUAUAGCUCUUGCUGAUCUCAUGUUAAAGUUUAUCGUAUAUGAAAGAAGUCUUUAAACAUAGAAAUCUAUUUAAAACUGAAAAACUGUGUUCAAAAAUCCAAUCUAUCAAUAUCAUUAGAAAUAAUAUUAUAAGCAAACAUAUACCACCUCACCUAUUGCUUUCUCUGCACUCAUUUACAUUUAGUCUUCCAUUCUGUCAGAAUCUAAGAGCUUCAACAUAAAAGUAUCUUAAUUUAUAAUGCAACAAAAACCACAUAUGAAAAGUACUAAAAUUUUGUAAAUACACAAUAAUCCUAAUACCUUCGUACAAAUGCAUAUGGGCAACUAAUUUCUUUUUGAUCCAAUGAUGUCUUUUUCAGCUUCUUGGAGAAUGAAGUAAUCCAGUUAGGAAAUGGUGUAGUAACAUAUACAAUUGCCCUCAAAUGUAAAAUCAAAUAUUAUUACAUUUUGUUCUAAUUGAAAUCUGAAGCAUGGUGUCUGCACAUCAGCAUAGUGUUAAAUCUUAUAGGGCAUGCUGGAAUUAGCUCAGAUCAUAAAAAUAUUUAACAUUUUACAUUGUUAAUAAAGUUUUUUAGUUAAGCUAAGCUUGUCUCAUUUUAGAUGACUAUGCAGAUAAGAUUUUUCCAACGUGUACUUGGUGUCUUGUCUUAUGCUUAGACUCUUGAAAGCAGGACACAUUAAGCAAUACUAUAUUUUAGAAAGGAGGAAGCCACAUGCUUUGUUUUUCUGCUCACAGCUUUGUUGUGAUCUUCCUUCACUAAACUUGUAACAUGGUACAAAUUUUGUUAUACCGUCUCCUGUUCUUCCUUUGGCCCAUUUCCCAGACAGAAUUUCCCAUGGGUUGAGAGAUCAAGUCUUUGCACUUUUUUUCUUGUUUUCCAUAGUCUGAAAAACCUUCAAGUCAGACAGGAGGCACCAGUGUCUAGUACAAUAGAAGGAUGAGCUAGAUGCCGAUAAGUGGUUUAUCCAAGACACAUCUUUAGUCCCAACCCUGUUCUUUCCCAAUACUUAUGUGCACAGGCAUUUAUAUGUAUACCAAUAUUUUUACCUAAAAACUAAAUAUAUUAAGGCCUUUUGCUUUAGUGAAGAUGAACUACUGUAAUAAUUAUUGUAUUAGGUUGAAUUAUAUGAAAUUUCCUAUAUUUGACUGUUUUGACCUACAAAAUGGCAAUUUCAUAUAGUUCACCCUAAUAUCCGAUGUGGAAAUUAUACUUGGAAUUGUCUUCUAGCUCUUUUGAUUGAAAGUGAAAGAAUUAAAGGGUUGGAAGAGAACGUUAUACAGGUCUCUAUUUAGAUCAUACCAGCUGGUUUUUGGCCUUAUUCUUUGAAUCUAGAGUUGUGUUCCAAUGAACCAGUAAUUAAUGCAUGGUUAUAGGUAUACCUGGCUUCAAAAAAAAGAAGUAGCCGUGGAAAGCUAUAUGAGAAAAUCACAAUUUUCUGAAUCAAAUAUUUGUAAAACAAUUUGGCUAUUUAAAGACUCUUAGGGUGAAUACUCCCUGGAAAAGCAAGCAAUCCAGACUUAUCUGGUCUGCAAACCUUGAUUUCAGCUUAAUAUCCUUUCCUGAAUCUAAUUCAUUUUCACCCACUAAGGUCAUUUCAUUUAAGAUCCAUUGUUUUUGAAAUUUUGAAGUAGCCCAGUUUGGCAGCUCUCAGCACCUGCCUCUCUGCCCUCUCCUAUACUUCAACUAUAUUGAACUCUAGCUUCAAUCUAGUUCCUACUAAUCCAUGCAAAAGUUAUUAACUGAUAAGCCCAAUCUUGUUCAGCACGUUCUUCUAAAUGCCUGACCUAAAUAACUUCUGCUUGGUUAACUUGUGUUCAUUCUCGCCUUAGCCUCAGUGUGAAAGUAACACUUACCUUCUGUGCAAUUGUCCUUUGUACAACUGAAGACUGUUAAUAAAUUCAGGUCUCACCUCCAUGUCUGAAAAGGCUGUAGUAGCUAUUCAUGGAGAUGGGAAUUUGUCUAAUUACCUAGCCAGAAUUUGCAUAUUUAAGGUAAUAUAUUCAGCUACCGUAUAUUUUAUUCAUAGUGCCUGUUUUCCAGCCUUUGAUCAGUUUUAUAGUUCCCGUGGAUAAACUCCAAGAUCUAAAGAUCCUCUUUCAGUAGCAUAUACUAAAAUUAAGUUUAGUGCUCAAAAUCCUGGUAACCUACACUGGCCCAAGGUUACAGUAGGUAAUUCACCGUCUCACAUUAGACAGGCCAAUGCAUCCCUUAAGAGCUGCCCCGCUCUCCUCUCACCUACCAAAGGAUUUUCUCAGGUGUGGUUCCAAGCGAUAAAGUUCUACUGUCUUGGCUUCCUGCUGGUAAUUCGCUUUCAGAUUAGCAAUAACACUGAGCUGAUCUCUAGGGUUAAGAAGAGAACAUUGAACUCAUUUUGUCGCAUGUACCCACAGGCUUGAAACAGUAAAUGAUGUAAACUUUUGUGGCAUACAUUCACCCAUUUUCCCACCACAUCUUUAAUAUCCUGUGUUGAUUUUUUUUUCAAAUUACAAAGACAAUACAUGUUCUUUGUGGGAAAUCUGAAAAAUACUACCAAAUAGAAAAUAAAAAUCACCUGAAUUCCACCACAACCACAUUGUUUAAAACCACAUUUCUGGGUUUUAAAUCAGUCAGUGGCUGGGCCCAAAGGCAGUUUUGGG